GAAAAAAUUUGAAACUGCAGGGCUAUUUUCGUAAUUUAAAUCCCCGCUGCAAUUUCCUUGUAUUGUUUUUGGUCAUCGUCGUUUUCUUCCUCCUUCUGAAAUUCAUAGAGAAAAGAAAAACCAAAAAAAAAAAAAAAAUGGAGGAGAAGAAAACUGUGGAAGAAGAACCCAAAGCGUCCCUCUUUCCUCUGUUUUCAAUCAGCGAUUCCAAUCCCUCCAAAGACAUCACUUCAUCUUCUUCUUCUUCUCCUCUCCCUCACUGGCUCUGCAACUCCAGCUUCACCAUCGACCUUUCCGUCAUCAACGACGCCGUUUCAUCUCAGUUCAAUUCGCAACCGGGAAAAGAAGAAGAAGAUGAUAGAGAACAACAAGAAGAAGAAGAGGGUCCCAGUGACGUACAGACAUUGCCGGAGGCCUCCUCGCGUGUGUAUGAACAGCUGGAGUCUUCUGAGUCGGAGGGAAAUUUGGAAAGGAAGAAGAAGAAGAAAAGUAAGAAGAAGAGGAAGAGACAGAGGUCCAAUGAGAGAGGCGGUGAAAUUGGCGGUGAUUUCGGGUCGAGAAGGUCGGAUUCUCGGGUUUGGGGCAGUUCCGGAACCAAAUCCUCCAAAGACUAUUACUUUGAUUCUCAACGCGACCCUGAUAAUUUGGUCUUCGGCUGCCUUUACAAAAUGGAUGUUCCUCGCUACAAAGCUUAUACUCCUCCGGAAUUAUCAGGGCCCAGAAAUUAUUGGUUCACUAAGAGGAGUUUGGGAUUUGAUAGAGAUGGUGAUAUUGAUUCACUAGACAGUAAACUGAAGUCUGGUGGUCGCUAUUGGUCUUCGAAGUAUGUGGCAUUUGAAUCCCAUAAGGAAUUAAAGCGUGCUCGUAUUGUUGCUACUGGAAAGGUUUCAGAAUCAGUUGAAGAUGAUUUCAUUCCGUUGUUAGAUAGUCAAACUACUUCAAUGGUUGAAGAAGAAUCUUGGGAAGAUGAAGUGCUACGCAAGACACGGGAGUUUAACAAACUGACAAGAGAGAGACCCCAUGAUGAAAAGGUUUGGUUGGACUUUGCAAAGUUCCAAGACAAGGUUGCUAGUAUGCAACCCCAGAAAGGUGCCCGCCUGCAGACUCUUGAGAAGAAGAUUAGCAUAUUGGAGAAGGCAGCUGAACUUAACCCGGAUAACGAAGAGCUAUUAAUUUGUCUUCUUAAGGCUUAUCAAAGCAGAGACAGCAUCGAUGUGUUGAUUGGUAGAUGGGAAAAGAUACUGGUGCAUAAUUCGGGAAGCUAUAAGCUAUGGAGAGAGUUCUUGUGUGUUAUUCAAGGAGAGUUCUCAAUGUUUAAGGUUUCCGAGAUGCGGAAGAUGUAUGCAAAUGCAAUUCAAGCUCUCUCCGCUGCAUGCAGUAAGCAUUUUAGGCAGGUUAAUCGAGAAGAAAAAGCUUCUUCAGAUUCUAGUAUUGUUCAACUAGAACUUGGUCUAGUUGAUAUUUUUCUGAAUCUUUGUAGGUUUGAGUGGCAAGCUGGCUAUCAAGAAUUGGCCACUGCAUUGUUUCAAGCUGAAAUUGAGUACAGUUUGUUUAGUCCUCCUUUAUUUCUCAAUGAGCAGAGUAAACAUAGACUCUUUGAGCACUUCUGGAAUAGUAAUGGUGCAAGACUUGGAGAAGAAGGCGCCCAGGGUUGGUCCACAUGGUUGGAGAAAGAAGAAGAAAGUAGACAAAGGGUUAUCAAAGAGGAGACAUCUUCUGAUGCUGAAGGUGGUUGGACAGGUUGGUCAGAACCAUUUGCCAGAACUAAGGAAAGUGGUAGAAAUCCAGAAAACGAAACCAAUAACAACAUGGAAGUUGAGGAGGUUCAAGAAGAAUCAGAAAAUGAAGAUAUCAAGCAGGAAGAUGAUACUGAAGCUUUGCUAAAGGAGCUAGGCAUUGAUGUUGAUGCUGGUUCUAAUUUUGAGGUUAAAGAUACCUCAACCUGGUCCAAAUGGUCAGAAGAAGAGUUAUCGAGAGAUAGUAAUCAAUGGAUGCCUGUUCGUGCAAAAUCUGGAGUUGGAGCUUCACAUUCUGAUGGAACACUUGGUACAGAAGCAGAUGAACAGAUCUUGAGAGUAAUAAUGUAUGAAGAUGUUAAUGAAUACCUAUUUUCCUUGAGUUCGUAUGAGGCCCGUUUGUCUCUACUAUCCCAAUUCAUUGAUUUCUUUGGUGGCAAAAUAUCCCAGUGGAUGUCUAGCAACAGUUCAAGUUGGAUUGAAAAAAUCCUUAGCCUGGAAGAAUUACCAGAUUCUAUGUUAAACAAUUUGAGAAGGGUUCACGAUGUCUUAGGUAAAUCACAAAGCAGUCCACAGUCUUCCAGUUUGGAAUUUCUUUUGGGAAGCACGAAUGACAUUGCCAGGAGGACUGACAUGACGAAGUUUCUUCGUAAUGCUAUCUUGCUUUGUUUGACUGCUUUUCCACAUAAUUACAUCUUAGAAGAAGCUGCUUUAGUUGCUGAAGAGCUAUCUGUCACAAAAAUGAAUUCUUGUAGCUGUUCUGUUACCCCAUGCCGAGCUCUGGCAAAGUCUCUCUUGAAAAAUGACCGUCAGGAUGUAUUGUUAUGUGGUGUUUAUGCACAACGGGAGGCUUUCUAUGGCAACCUUGAUUAUGCAAGAAGAGUGUUUGACAUGGCAUUAUUAUCUAUCGAAGGGCUUCCUAUGGAAUUAAAGUCCAAGGUUCCUCUUCUGUACUUCUGGUAUGCUGAGGUUGAGCUUUCCAAUAGUUCUGGAAAUAGUUCUGAAUCAUCUUCUCGUGCAAUGCAUAUUUUAUCAUGCUUAGGAAGUGGUGUAGCAUAUGGCCCAUUUAAGAGUAAACCAUCAAGUGUUCAAUUACUGAGGGCUCACCAAGGCUUCAAAGAAAUAAUGAGAACAGUUAGAUCAGCAUGGGUGCGUGGUGUGGUAGAUGAUCAAUCUGUUGCUCUCAUAUGUUCAGCAGCUUUAUUUGAAGAAUUAACCUCUGGAUGGGCUGCUGGUAUUGAAGUUCUGGAUCAGGCUUUGGCAAUGGUGCUUCCAGAAAGAAGAAGCCACAGUCAUCAAAUUGAGUUUUUGUUCCACUUUUAUGUGAAGAUGCUUCAUAGACAUCAUGAUUUAUCAAAAUGCUGGGAAUUUAUCUCCCAGGGGCUGCAAAUAUUUCCUUUCAGCCUCGAACUUUCAAGUUCUCUAGUGGAGAUCGGCCAUCUCUUCACUACAUCUAAUAAACUGCGGUUGAUGUUUGAUGACCACUGUCACAAGAAACAAUCUGCGAUUGUGUGGCUGUAUGCAUUGGCGUAUGAGAUAAGUAGAGGUGCCUCCCAGCAUAGAAUCCAUGGAUUGUUUGAAAGGGCACUGACAAGUGAUAGGACACGUAAUUCAGUUUUACUUUGGCGGUGCUACAUUGCUUAUGAGGUUAAUAUAGUAUGCAAUCUCUCUGCUGCUAGACGAAUUUUUUUCCGAGCAAUCCAUGCAUGUCCAUGGUCGAAAAAGUUAUGGCUAGAUGGUUUUCUCAAACUAAAUCCUAUCCUAUGUGCUAAAGAGCUAUCAGAUCUCCAAGAAGUUAUGCGGGAUAAAGAACUGAAUCUGAGGACAGACAUUUAUGAGAUUCUUUUGCAAGAUGAGCUGGUUGUAUGAUGAAAAUGGUGUUGCCUGUUAACUGCACUGACAUUUAUGACAAUGUUUUACAAGACACCUUGCUCAUAAUGACAGGAAGCAAGUCGAAAAACUCUUGGCAUGGUGACUGUCGCAAUGUAUGCACAGUGAUAACUGGUAAGAAAGAGCGCAUUUGAAAUGACCCUGUACAUAAUGUCCAGAGUAUUGGCAGCUGAAAAAUACAUUUUUUAGGUUUAAUUUGCGGCAGUGUAUAGAAGUGGCUUCAGACUUUUGAGUCCCCUCUGAGGAAUGUAAUAACAGAUGUUAUUAUGUUAAUGAGUUGGAGAAUUGAUCAGAAGCAGAGAUUAGGAAGCAGGGAAUUGCUUCAGAUUUUGGCAUGAUAUUUUCCUAACACUGACCUUAACAAAUAUAUGUAUAUAUAUAUAUAUAUAUAUAUAUGUAUAUGUAUAUUGAUUAAUUUCUGAA